AUGGCUAAGGACGACAUUUCAUCGGCAGGAAAUGCCUUCGGGGAUGUCGAACGCCAGGAUUCUGUGCCGGCAGCCAAGGAAACCGACAAUGCGAAAGCAGCUACUGAAACAGAGCAUAAGAUGACCUUGCUACAAGGUAUCAGAACGUAUCCGAAGGCGAUAGGGUGGAGUGUUCUCAUUUCCACAUGUAUCGCGAUGGAAGGUGAUGUCCUUCGGGAUUGGUCGAAGGACACUAUUUCUCUAUGGCCUCUGCGGACUAUGCACUAUACUAUUUUUGAUUGGUUUCCUUGGCCUAGUUCCUAG